GCAGGCGCACGACAGGUGAACAAAGCAAACCGCUUCAACUUUCACUGUCAACACUGGUUCCCGGCGGUACAGAAGUUGCUACAGGUGUUCCCAACAGGUCGCAGAUUCAGAACUCAGAGGACUAACGAUGGGGUGUGGUGGAUCCAAGAACGCGACCGUGCCGUCAAAGGGCCAGAAACCGUCGGUGGACCUGUACUUGGCGUUGUUCUCGCCGUCAUGCCGCGCAGUUCUUAUGUUCGCUAAAGAGGUCGGGUUGGAACUCAACCACAAAUUAGUAGAUUUACAGAAGGGGGAGGCCAGGACGCCAGAGUUCCUGGCGAUGAACCCUUGUCACUGUGUCCCCACAAUCAAGGACGGAGGUUUGACGCUCUGGGAAAGUGCCGCUAUCAUGGUCUAUUUGAACGACAAGUACGCAAAAGACCCUGCGAGGCUCUACCCGACAGAUCUUCAGAAGCGAGCUAAAGUCAACCUCAUGUUCGGCUUUCACCAAAACUUUGACUCCAGCAUCGCUAGCUACAUGGCACCACAGAUCCUUAGGGGAGAGGAAGCAGACCCUGAGAAAGCGGAGAAAGUCAGGACAAGCCUUGAGCUGUUUAACAAAGUGUUGGAGGGGAAGACUUACGUGGCAGGGGACUGCCUCACAUUGCCAGAUUUCAGCCUGAUGGCUUCCUUGACCCUCUUGGACUUCAAAGAUUUCGACUACAAAAGCAACUACCCCUGCAUCAAGGCCUGGAACGACCGCAUGAGGGCGCUGCCGUACUUUGAGGAGACCAACAAGGGGUGGUACGACAUGAUGAAGCCACAAUCCGCAUAAGGAUAAGGACAAUAUGUUCACACUAUCUCAGUGACUAAGGAUAAAGACAGUGCUCUUGGCACACAGUUUAGUUCAAUCAAAUCUAUGCUAAUCUAUUGAAGUAAGAAAGCAUAGAUUGAGCCUUUCUUUUUACAGUAAGCAAUACCAUUUUUUAUAUUUACACGCGAAGAAGAAGAAUCUCUAAGACCUUUUGAAAUUUGCGAGAAAUUGUACAAAAUAGCCCUUUUUCUAAACGUUCCUCAAACAAUGUCAACUACACUCCGAUGGAAGCAUGUCACAGUUAAAUUUGUCAUGUAUUGCUGCUAAAGAUCUUCAGAAUGUACAUUUCCUAUGCUUCAGUUAUGUUAUCGCGUUUUUGUCCAUAAUGUGAAUAAUAAAACAGAGAAAAAGAUAUAUUUCCCAUAUCAUUCUUCGAUUUAAAGACUGAAACAGUGCCUUAUGUUAUAGAACGAAUGAAUACAAUUAUAUAAGAAUAUCAGUUGUUGUUCGUCCGUCGAGUCUGGACAAUAGCAGUGGAAAACUAUUUUUGUUCUAGAGGACUAAUUUCUGUUUUCUGUAUUUUUGUACAUUUUACUAAGUGACGGCCUUUGGUUAGAUAAUGAAUCGCUGCAACAUUAAAGUUGUUCUUUCACUGUGCACUAUUGGAAACUGUGAAGAAAGUCUUGUAUGGUUGUAAAAAAUAAAGUUGAUAAACUUU